CAACAAACUAAGGAAUGCUGAAAUCAUUAUUUGCCAUCACUUUGCAAAUUUUAUCUUAUUGGUAACAUCUUUGUUGUUUUCUUUCAAAAUACGAAUACAAUAUGAAAUGAAUGCGGUAAAUUCUCUGAAAAUUUUUAGAUAUGAUAACGUUGCCGAUUACCAAGGCAAUCAACAGCGCAACCAAAAACCCUUCUAUAACUCGAUCAUGUGCACUGUGAUUUAAUACCAAAAGGAGAUAGUAACACCACUGGGACAUUAACAUUCUACUGUGCUCUGGCCAUAGAACUAUAACUCUUAACUCUUAGUUAUAGUUAUAGUUCUGUAGCUCUGGCACACAUACCUUUAUGUGUCAUACCUCUGGUGUCAAAUUGAUUCUUUCUUUUUGAAUUUGAAAUAUUUUCAUAGGAAUUAGGAAAUCCACAUAGGUUACUUCAAAUCUAUAAAAGAUCAAACUUAAAGCAUAAUUUUGUGCAACAUUACUGUGGUGCUGACUAGUACUAUUUUGUAUUCAUCAAAGUCUGCAAUGGCUUCAAGAUUAUUGAAUAAAACUGGUGGUAAAAUUUUAAAUUCAGUAAGAUAUAAUACCAUCUCAGAAGUAAAGAAAGUAGCAAAAGCCGGGAUCAUAGUAGUAGGAGAUGAAGUGCUAAAAGGUGUAAUUCAAGAUACCAACUCAAAUUAUCUUGCUGUAGAAUUACAUAAAAUUGGGGUAAGAUUGAAAAAGAUUUCAGUUAUAGGUGACAAUAUCGAAGAAGUCAGCAAAGAAGUUCGACAUUUUUCAGACUCUUUCGAUUAUGUUCUGACAACGGGUGGGAUAGGACCUACUCACGACGAUAUUACUUAUGAAGCGGUGGCAAAAGCAUUCAAUGAAAAACUUGUCUUGAACACGGAGCUGAAGGACAUAUGUUUGAAGUUCUAUGAUACAAUUGAUAUAAAUUGUCCUGGAAUGAAAAUGGCUUAUAUACCAGAGUCAUCAAAGUUGAAUUUCAAAGCAGGAAUUCAAGGUCCAAAAAUGAACUAUCCAAAUGUUUCCGUCAAUAAUGUAUUCAUAUUUCCUGGUGUACCGGAAAUGAUGAAGAAGUCAUUCAGCAUCGUAAAGGAGGUAUUCCAAUCAAAUGAAAAAUUUUAUGCAGAAUUUGUUUAUCUUACUGUACCAGAAAUUGAAAUCAUCAAUAUCUUAGAAACUGUAGUGAAAGAAUUUCCAAAUGUAGAGGUUGGAGUAUAUCCAGUACUAUUUAAUAAGUUCUACAAAGUUAAAGUAACAAUAGAGUCAUGUGAAGAAAAAUCUACAAGACAGGCCUAUGAUAGAAUGAUAUCUCUCAUACCAAAAGAUUUUAUUGUUGAUAGUGAAAACAUCAAGUAGUUUUACUUGUUGGAUUCAAUAGUGAGAUCAAUUUGAAUUGUGAUAAUAUGUAUAUUAGAUAAAUUUAUGUUACAAAAAGUACAGUUCAUUCAAUUAUAAAUUGAAAGAAUUUAGGGAAAUUAAGUUUCACAGAAGAUUGAAAACAUUAUAUUUCAACUUGAAACUAUUGAAUUCACUCAAUCUUACACGUCUUUAUUAGUAGAUAGCCGCUUCGUUAGUGAGUUCUAUUGAGGGCCGGCUCUAUCAAUUAAAAGAUGAAAUGUCCUCCAAAUAUUGAGGGCUACUUUUCAAUAUGAUUUCAAUGUCAAUUUCAGGUUCGCCAGAAACUCCAGCAACCGCAAUAAUGCUAAAUAUAAGUUUUAUCUUCA